AUGGUGCAAUGGCUUGAAGGAGAUGCGCCUUACCACCUGGCGGCUGGCAUCACUGUGUCCCAGGAGGUGCAGUGGGCCUACGGCGCCUUCUGCCUGUUCAGCGUCUUCUGCAUCAUCCAGGCCUACAUUGGCGCGGUGUACAUGCUGGAGAGCCACCUGAGCCAUGGACGGACGUUUCAUUUCGUUCCCAUUGAGAGUAGGGCGUCGACGCAGACAGCAGCAGUGGACGUGUGCUUCAUCGGCAUCUUCAUCUGGUCCUGGCUGAGCGCCUUCGGGGUGAUCCUGCUGCUCUCGCUCUAUGCCGCGCCUUUCGGCUGA